GCGCGCUCCGAGCGCAGCCUCCGCGAGGCAGCGCGCCCUCGCGCAGCGGCGGGAGCGGGGGAGCCCCGGAGGUGGCGCACGGCGCGGCGGGCCCCGCCCGGGGCGGCGGCGGGGAGGGCCCGGCGACUCCCGCCUCCCUCCGGCAGGGCUGCGGCGGGCAGCGAGGCGGACGUCGGCCUGGCGGGCGGAGCGGGCGAUCAUGCCGCGCCGCGGGCUCCUUCUCCUGCUUUGGCUCCUCUCUGUCCUGGCCCGAGUAGGAGGCAACUUCGGUGACUUCAACUUAGAAGAUGCACUCGGACCUACAAUGAAACCUCCUGCAUCUCAUAAGCCACCACCUCAUGACGAUGACUUUAACUUGGAAGAUGCUCUUCAGCCUGGUGACCCCAACCGAGAUCCACCUGCACAUCCUGGAGACACUGAUAACCCCAAGCAAGGUCCACCUGCACAUCCUAGAGACACUGGUGGCAUUGAUGAUUCAGAUCUAUAUAAUGGCGGUUUACCAAGAGGACGAGAUGGUGGUGGCAGCGAUGGACGAAAGGACUCAAAUCCAAAUAAUGGUGGAGAAUCUGAGGCUUCUCAGGGAGCAAUAGCUGGAAUUAUAAGUGCUGUCGCUGCUACUGUAAUUGGAGCAGUAUCUAGCUUUGUUGCUUACCAGAAGAAGAAACUCUGUUUCAAACAAAGCGCAGAUCAAGAGAAUGUGAAUAUGGAAAGCCAUCAUGGAGCACAAUCUGAGCCACCUGUACAGCGCACGCUUCUGGAGAACUAAAUCAAGGAAAACAUGAUGAAGAAAAGACCAUUAAACUGAAUAGAGAGCCUGCUUUCUGCCUGAAAAAAAAAGAAAACCAAAAAGUAUAAUGUAAACAACAGAGUCUGAAGAUGACUGAGAAAAUAGUCCUUGUUUGAAGCAUCUUUGGGAGUGUGACUUAAAAGACCUGAGUACUUCUGUAUGGUUAGCCCUGUGAAGCAGUGUUGCACACCGAUAUUUGGCCUUAAUGACAGGAAUGUAGAAAUAUGUUGUGCCUUUACAUUCUUUCCUUUACUCCUAUGACAAAUGGGUGUGUCUCAAGUGCAUUCAGUAUGUUUAACUUUUCCUCACCUCUCCAAAAACAAUAAGCAGUUAAUGUUUUGUUGUGCCAUUGCUUUUAGGCAGUGCAAGCAUUUUUUUAAUAACCUGUAUGAAAUGAAUGUACCAAGAAGACUUUCUUACGUCUUCACUUAAAAAUGAAGAGUUUUUUUUAAAAAACAAAAAAUAAAAAACAAACCCAAAACAACUUGGUAUAUGUUGUGGACACCUGAAAGCAAAAUACUACCUAGGGAAGAACAUAUAUAUGUUGGAUAAUAUGGUUCACUGUGUGUGGUUAGGAUAAUGGAUCUUAGUGUGGGCGCUGUUGAUACGAUUUGUGUAGCUGCCUGGGUCAGCCACCAGGGAAAAGAUAUUUGUUCUUCAGCAGCUAAGAGACAAAAAUUUGGAGGUUUGUUUUUGCAUUUUUUUUUCAUUGCAUCUGUCUGGUACAGAUUCAGAACAUCCAAAUUAGUACACACAUCCUUCAGCCUUUCUGGCUCUUCUUCCUGCUUAGCAAGUACUGAGCUGGUUAGAUGUGGAAAAGCCUGAUUUGUAAACCAGAAAUAUAAUUGAUUUUUGUACAUCUUGUGAGAUUGAUACUUGGCAAUUGUCUGAGCAGUUGUGAAUGAAGUAGUGGGGAGUGGGGAUUAGCAUCUUCAGGCUUACCUUACCAGAAACUUAGCAGAAAAUAAUUUGAUACUUUGAAUUCAGAAGGUUUAUAAUAUACACUUAGAAGGCAGAAACAGUACUACAACUCAGAAGUACGUAGUAUCGAGACUGACCAGAACAACCCAGCCUCACUCCAUAAGCCUCCUCUGGACAGCAUAAAUAACAAACAUGUGAUGAGUACUUUCAGACUUGUGAAAGAUUGCCAUCAGGAAGAAAAGGGCUAUGGUUGCAUCCUCAACUGAAAUUACUUAGGUGCCUCUUGAAAGCCACAAAAAAGUUUCAAGGAUCUGCAGAAACAUGGAAAACUGCUCACCUGUAACAGUGAAAGGACUAAGUCUGGUUUAAUAACUAGUGCUUUCUGGAAGGAAUAGCCUGACCAGUUCUGUUGUCUUUCAUUCUAACUGUUUCCAAUUUUCAUGCAGUUUUACAAUAUGUGUCUUAGUGAUGUGCUUUAGCCACUUGGCAAAGUUCUAGAGAAAGGUGACAUUUCAUGGAACAUCCUGGAAAUCAUUAUGAAUUUGGAUUUUAAACCUUUAAAUAUCUACAUUCAAAUAUGAAUGUAUGUCAAGGAUAAUUCAUUUAACAAUUUCUUAUAUGUGUUUCUUGACUUACUGCAAAUCUUUACACCAAUUUUAGUCUUUUGUUAUGGAAUUAAUUUGUAAAUCUAUUUUUCCCCAUUUUAUUUUUAGCGUAAAAAUGCUAAAACCUUUAAGUGUGUUCGGGGGUGGAGAAGUGAUUUAUAUAUAAAAUAUUUGAUAUACAUAAAUACAAACAAAUGAAAUGUACUGUUUUCCUGUAUGAAUGAACAGGUAUCUCAUAUCAAUGCCAAGUGCAGAGAAAAUAGAAAUAGGGCAGUUUUUGUUGGGGAUAGAAGUGGGGACGGGGGAAGCUUCAACUAGCUUUUAGCUAACCAGACUCUUGAAUCCUCCCUCAGCUUUUGCAAGCCAAAAAAUUACUCACUAAAACCUCCUAUCGACAUUGUGAUUUUUUUUCUAAAAAUAAAUUUAAAAAAAAGAAAA